AUGUUCCGCCAGGAGCAGCCGCUGGCCGAGGGCAGCUUUGCGCCCAUGGGCUCCCUGCAGCCGGACGCGGGCAACGCGAGCUGGAACGGGACCGAGGCGCCGGGGGGCGGCGCCCGGGCCACCCCUUACUCUCUGCAGGUGACGCUGACGCUGGUGUGCCUGGCCGGCCUGCUCAUGCUGUUCACGGUGUUCGGCAACGUGCUAGUCAUCAUCGCCGUGUUCACGAGCCGCGCGCUUAAGGCGCCCCAAAACCUCUUCCUGGUGUCCCUGGCCUCGGCCGACAUCCUGGUGGCCACGCUUGUCAUCCCUUUCUCACUGGCUAACGAGGUCAUGGGCUACUGGUACUUCGGCAAGGCAUGGUGCGAGAUCUACCUGGCGCUCGACGUGCUCUUCUGCACGUCGUCCAUCGUGCACCUGUGCGCCAUCAGCCUGGACCGCUACUGGUCAAUCACGCAGGCCAUCGAGUACAACCUGAAGCGCACGCCUCGUCGCAUCAAGGCCAUUAUCGUAACCGUGUGGGUCAUCUCGGCCGUCAUCUCCUUCCCGCCGCUCAUCUCCAUCGAGAAGAAGGGCGGGGGCGGCGGCCAGCAGCCGGCCGAGCCGCGGUGCGAGAUCAACGACCAGAAGUGGUACGUCAUCUCGUCGUGCAUCGGCUCCUUCUUCGCGCCCUGUCUCAUCAUGAUCCUGGUCUACGUGCGCAUCUACCAGAUCGCCAAGCGCCGCACCCGCGGGCCCGGGGUGCCGGUGGCCGGGCCGGGGGAGGAGCGCGGCGGGGGCGUCAAGGCGUCGCGCUGGCGCGGGCGGCAGAACCGCGAGAAGCGCUUCACCUUCGUGCUGGCCGUGGUCAUCGGCGUGUUCGUGGUGUGCUGGUUCCCCUUCUUCUUCACCUACACGCUCACGGCCGUCGGCUGCCCCGUGCCGCGCACGCUCUUCAAGUUCUUCUUCUGGUUCGGCUACUGCAACAGCUCGCUGAACCCGGUCAUCUACACCAUCUUCAACCACGACUUCCGCCGCGCCUUCAAGAAGAUCCUCUGCCGCGGGGACAGGAAGCGCAUCGUGUGAGCGCCCCGCCCGCGCCCCGCACAGACCCGGGCGGACGGCAGGCAGCGGGCACCGACGGGCGCUCGGAAACCCGGGGCCUGCACGCGCUGUUCCUGAGGCUGCAAAUCAUGCAGCCCGCAUCGUCGUUACGGGCCGUUCUUCAGGGUGGUCCGCCCCUCAUCAGUAUUGUUUUCUAAAGGUGUUUUCACCCUCUCCUGGUCCACUUCUCAUAGCUCCUCAGAGCGAGCAGCGGACUCCAGAGGGCACGGCUCACAAAGGGUUAAUGGGUGGGGGUUACCCAUCUCUUGCUAAUUGUUUUUCCUCAGCCACUCUCUUAAAAAAUAAAAAAAGCUCAGGGCAGCCUUGCCCGCCUUUCCCGCU